AUGAACUGGCACGAGACGGCGGACCAGUGGGCUUGGAAGGCCCGGUGUCAGAUCAUCGAGCUGGCGGCUGUGAAUCUGGUGACUGGUGAGUCGCUAAACCUGCGCAGCCGACCCGACUUCCACUGGGAGGACGUGAAGUCCCCGGCCACAAGGAUGUUUGCCGAAGAUAGCGGCCACAAGGCAUUGGUGUGUGAUGCACGGCUUCCUCUCUUUGCGCAGCUCUGGCCAACGGAUGUGCUGCCCUUUCUCCAAAGGGCUGCUGGCUUAACAGGCAAAGUAGUAUUGAUAGCCCACAAUGGGGACAGGUUCGAUCAUUACGUGCUGAGCAAAGAGAUCGCACGGCUCGGCCUGGACAUGCGCUGCUGCCCACGCCUGGUCUCUGCUGACACGGUGGCCACACUGAAGAAGAGGUUCAAUUACAGCGAUGUGCAUCAGGUCUAUGGCCGGCCUGGCAAUUUGACCCUGAAGCAAAUGUAUGCAAACUGGGUGCCAGAGCAGCACAAAGCACGCGACCUCCAAGCACAUCGCGCUUUAGACGACGUCUACAUGAUGCAAGAUGUUAUGAAGUUUGCGCCGUACUUGGCGCCUCUCCUUGCGCAGGACAUCUCAAUGGCAGCGCAUGGCACAGACAUUCCUGCCGUGUCCAAUGCAGUGUGCCAGCGAUUGCUUCACCCAGCCAAGCCUUCCCAGCCUUCCCAGCCUCCUCACACCUCAAAAUGCCAAGCCCUCCCCAUGCAACACGGGCUCCCCGUCAUGCAGAGCGUUCUGCUCAAAGCAAGCCCCGUGAUCAACACCUUGCACGCUGCACCCGUCAGCACAGCAACACCGCCACCCCCACAGUUUGCAGCUCCGGCCGUUCAACCGCUACAGCUCCAGCAGUUGCAGCCGACACCUCAACAACUUUCUCAUCCGCAAGAGCUCCAGGCCCAAGCCUCCUCGACAGUAUCGCUCCCAAGCGACCCGAUUCCGCCUCCAGAAAAGCCAUCCCCAGCCAGCCCUGCCCAGCCGAGCGAACAUGUUCUGGACACAGAGGCCGAGCUGCAGAGCUCCGGAUGCCAAAGCCGUCGAACAAGCGCUAGCAGCAUCGAGACCCGAGGCAAGGGCACAGGCAAGGUCGAGAGCAAAGGAAAAGGCAAAAAGAAGAAGGAGCAACACCAGCAGAACCAUCAGCGGCAUGGCCGUUACGAAGCAGGAUGGUGGGGACCUGAUCCUUGGAACUGGGAGCAUGCCUGGGCCGGCGGCUGGUGGGGCCAGUCCUGGGGCGAGUGGGAUGAACAUGCCAAUUCCGCCUAUGUCCAGCGUCGGGCAAGGGGCCGAGGAAACCGCAAUCAUCGCCGCUAUCCACAGAGGCAGCCCAUUCAGGAGGAACCGGCAAGCAACAGUGCCGCGCACGAGGCUGCCGCGGACGCUCCGGACCAUCGUAAGGAGAUGGGCACCGUGAACUGGCAAUAG